CCGCCGUGGAGGCGUGGCCUUGUGACGCCACGCCGCGUCUCCCCGCCCGGUGGCCCAUUGGCUCUCCGUUGCCGCCCUUUUCCGGGGCAGGGAGACUGCGGCAGAGCCGGAAGCGGGGUAGCCCUCGGGCGCGAGGGGGCGGCGGCGCGGCCAAGAGACCCCGGGGCCCUGGGGCCGGCCAGCUUCUCCUCUCGGCCGCCCGCGCGCGCUGAAGGCCUCCAGGAUUCGGGCGCCCUAUGGGAGGCAGCGGGUCGCGAGCUCCCCGGCGCGGACCGCCGGAGCCCAGCCACUGAGAGGCACCGGAAGCUUCGCCCGUGGGAGGAGUCGCGACGCUUCGCGCGGAGGAUGGAAGCCGGAGGGCCAGCCCCGGGGGCGGAGCCCGCGGCCACGGCCACGCCCCCGGGGGCCGGUCCCGCCGCCCUGCGCUUCGCCGCCGCCGCCAGCUGGCAAGUCGUGCGGGGCCGCUGCGUGGAGCACUUCCCGCGGGUGUUACAGUUCCUGCGGUCGCUGCGCGCUGCCGCCCCCGGUUUGGUUCGCUACCGCCACCAUGAACGCCUGUGUAUGGGCCUAAACGCCAAGGUAGUGGUGGAGUUGAUCCUGGAGGGCCGGCCGUGGGCCCAGGUUCUGAACGCCCUGCAUCAUCAUUUCCCAGAGUCUGGACAUGUAGUGCGGGACCCCAAAGCUACAAAGCAGGAUCUGAGGAAGAUCUCGGAGGCACAGGAGACGUUUUGCCAACAGGUGAAGCAACUAGCAGAGGCCCCAGUGGACUUGGCUUCCAAGCUGCAGGAACUUGAACAAGAGUAUGGGGAACCAUUUCUGGCUGCCAUGGAAAAGCUGUUUUUUGAAUACUUGUGUCAGCUAGAAAAAGCACUGCCUGCACUGCAAACACAGCAGCUUCAGGAUGUGCUGAGUUGGAUGCAGCCUGGAGUUUCUAUCACCUCUUCUUUUGCCUUGAGCCAAUAUGGUGUGGACAUGGGGUGGCCACUUUCAGAGUCCUCCGUUACUGACUCAGUGAGCAUGACAGAGCCCAUGGAGCAGAGUCCUCCUCAGCAACCAAAACUGGCACUUCACCAUCCUUUGCCAAAAGCCAGGCCUGGCCCAUACCUUCCUCAGGAACCAGCCUCAAGGAAGCACCCAGUACCUAUAGCUGGCUGCCACUUCAAUCUGGCCCCUCUGGGCCGGCGAAAAAUCCAGUCCCGAUGGGCAUCCACUAAAGGAGGGCAUAAGGAGCGCCCCACAGUCAUGCUGUUCCCUUUUAGGAAUCUGGGUUCACCAUCCCAAGUCAUAUCUGAGCUGGAGAACAAGGAAAAACAUGGGAUGCACAUGGCAGAUCCAGCAGGUGCUGUGGGCACGAGAGCAGCUUCCACUGGGAAGUCUAAGAAUCUGUCCCCAAUCCUGGGGGAAAGGAUUCUGAAGAACCCAGUUGACCUGUUGGCUUCAGAGCAAGAAGAGAAUUGUUUGGUCUGCCCAGUGGACCCCCUGAGACUUCCACUGUCCCCUCCUACGGCCAGGAAACCAGUGUGUCCUCCAUCUCUGUGCAGCUCUGUCAUUACCAUAGGGGACUUGGUUUUGGACUCUGAUGAAGAAGAAAAUGUCCAGAAGGAAGGAAGGGAGUCUCUGGAAGACUAUCAGAAGACAAAGUUUGACACCUUGAUUCCCACCUUCUAUGAAUACCUCCCCGCUUCUGGCCCCAGUGCCAUGUCUGUCCCUUAUGACCACAGGGACAAGUCCAGACACUUAGAAUAGGAUGAGAAUUCCCUCUGCACCCUGCCUGUCUCUUUCCUCAGCUCUGUACACAGUUUAGUGGGAAUAAAGUGGAAGCCCCAAGCGUGGUACCUGA